AUGCAACAUGUUAGAGGAAUCAAGGAUACAUGGCAUGUCAUCGUUCUAAAAACAACAGACAACAAUGCAAGUUUUCUGGUCGUCGUUAGAGAAAACAAGGCAACAUGUUCCAGCAGACAAGGCAACGAGGCUAGUUUCCAGGUCGUCGUUCAAGAAAACAAGGCCGUAUGGCUUGUUUUCAGGAUUUUCUUAAACAUAUCAAGGCAACAUGUUGGAGAAAUCAAGGCAACAUGGAACUAUUUAACAAGGCAACGUGUUUGGUUAGGCAUCUUUCAAGGCCGUCGUUCGAGCAAUCAAGGUAGAAAGUCAUGUGAUUGGGUCAUCGUUCGUAAAAUUAAUGCACCAUGUUUUAGGAAUCAAGGAUACAUGGCAUGUUUUCAGUAUGCACACGACGUCGGGGAAAAUCAAGGCAUCGUAGCUAGUUUCCAGGCCAUUGUGGCGAGUUUUAAGGCAAUGUGUGCGAGUAAUCAAGGAAGCGAUGCUAGUUUUCAUGUUGUCAUUAGAGAUAUCAAGGCAACAUGUUCGAGCAAUCAAGGCAACGAGGCUAGUUUUCGGGUCGUCGUUCAAGAAAUCAAGGCAAUGGGGCUAGUUUUCAGGCCAUCGUUCGACAUAUCAAAGCAACGUGUUGGGGGAGGCAUCUUUCAUGAGCCGGGGGGCUUGGCGUCGUUCGACAUAUCAAGGCAAUGUGUUAUGGUAGGCAACUUUCAAGGCUAUCGUUUGGCAAAUCUAGGCUGCAAGGCUUGUAAUCAGGUCACCGUUCAUAGAAUUAAUGCACCAUGUUAG